UUUUGAAAGGACUGCAAAGCACCCUUAUGGAGAAGAUCCAGCACAUUCCUCCACCCACCCUGAACCCAUCCCACCUCCUGAAAGACAAAAUGGAACAUGCCAAUUUCAACUAUGAUGCCUUCUUCGAUGAGAAAAUCUUUGAGAAGAAACGUGACUACACCUACCGUGUCUUCAAGACGGUGAACCGGUGCGCAGACCACUUUCCCUUUGCUGAGGAUUACUCAAGCACAGGUCUCCGUGGCUCCAAGGUUUCCGUUUGGUGCAGUAAUGACUACCUGGGCAUGAGCCGCCACCCGCGGGUCUUGGAGUCCAUUAGGAAAGCUCUGGAUAAGUACGGUUCUGGGGCAGGUGGCACCAGGAACAUAUCCGGCACCAGCAACUACCACGUGGGCCUGGAGCGGGAGCUGGCAGACCUGCACCAGAAGGGCGGGGCUCUGGUUUUCUCUUCCUGCUUCGUGGCCAAUGACUCCACCCUCUUCACACUGGCUAAGAUGCUCCCAGAUUGUGAGAUCUACUCUGACGCUGGUAAUCAUGCGUCCAUGAUCCAGGGGAUCAGGAACAGUGGUGCUGCACGCUGCAUCUUUCGCCACAAUGACCCAGAGCACCUGGAGGAACUGCUGCGCCACUCUGACCCCAACACGCCCAAGAUCGUGGCGUUUGAGACCGUGCACUCUAUGGACGGUGCUAUCUGUCCAUUGGAGGAGCUCUGUGAUGUUGCUCACCGUUACGGGGCUUUGACCUUUGUGGAUGAGGUGCAUGCAGUGGGGCUGUAUGGGGCACGUGGCGCUGGAAUCGGGGAAAGAGAUGGUGUCAUGAGCAAGAUCGACAUUGUUUCUGGGACGCUUGGCAAAGCAUUUGGCUGUGUCGGAGGCUACAUUGCCAGCAGCGCCUCCCUAGUGGACACAGUGCGCUCCUACGCUGCUGGCUUCAUCUUCACCACCUCCCUGCCCCCCAUGGUGCUGGCGGGGGCCCUGGAGUCCGUCAGGGUUCUGAAGAGCCCGGAGGGGCAGGUGCUACGGAGGUCUCACCAGAGGAAUGUCAAACACAUGCGGCAACUUCUGCUGGAUGCUGGCCUGCCCGUCAUAAACUGUCCCAGCCACAUCAUCCCCAUACAGGUGGGUAAUGCCGAGAAGAACACAAAGGUGUGUGAUCUGCUGUUAGAGAGAGACAACAUUUACGUCCAAGCAAUCAACUACCCCACCGUGCCCAGGGGUGGGGAACUCCUCCGCCUUGCCCCCUCCCCCCACCACCACCCACAGAUGAUGGAGUAUUUUGUGGAGAAACUGCUGGAGGUGUGGAAGGAGGUGGGGCUCCCACUGAGCCGGCCUGUGGCAGCUGCCUGCAGUUUCUGUGACCGCCCCCUGCACUUUGACCUCAUGAGUGAGUGGGAGAGGUCCUACUUCGGCAACAUGGAGCCCCGCUACAUAACCGUGUCUGCCUAAGCUCAAGCAAAACCACGGCUGAAGACAACAUACACAUGAAAGACCAUCCAUUUAGAAAAAUUAGACAUGAUGAUGCCAAAAUGAAUAUUUUGAAUAAUAAAGUAAUGAUAUGACA